CUCAACCAAACAGAUCUGCGGCCGGUGGUUGCUUUCAAAACUUCAAAAACGGGUUUAGUAGAGACAGAAUAAUUAUUCGAGAUUUACAUGUUUAUUAAUCGUCUCCGAUUUUCAAUUCUCGCGAAUACAAAUUCCUCUGAAAAGCUUCAAGGCUGUGUUGUGAUUUCACUUUUCUAGGGUUCCCGAUUCUCAAUUCUUUUCUUGUUUGUUUUCUUUUGGGGAUAACGCGGCUUCUGGCGGAGAUUUAAUAUUUCGAUCGAGAUUCUAGUUUCUGAUUUGUUAUUUUUCUUUAGCUCUUCUUCAUUUCACUAAUAAUUUUGUGAGAAAAAGCAAAUGAACGAGAAAGGAACAAUGAUGAACCAACAGCAGCUGAUGAACAUGAAUCAAACUAUGUUGAAUGCAAGUCAAUUGAAUCCGCAGAUGCCUCCGAUGAAUCGGUGCUACGGAAUGUGGGGGCCACAGCAGCAAUUUCAAAACCCUAAUUUGAGCUCCGACGCCAUAAAACCUCCGCGUGCUGCCUUCAAUAAGUCUUUAGGUCCUAGGAGCAAUUGGAAGGGCAAGAGGGUAAAUAAACCGAGGAUGGAGCAGCGGCAGCAGCAGCAGCAACCUUUAGUUAGCUCCGGUGGAAUCGGUGGUAGUGGUGGCGGGGAUUUAAAUUUUAGGAACUAUAACCCUCCGACAUUGAAUGAGCUGCAGCAUCAGAAUCGGGUGAGGGCGAGGAAAAAUUUCCCCAAAAAGAAGUUCAAUAAUUAUAUGAGUAUGAAUGUGGGUGGUGAUGGUGGGAGAUCUGCCCCAUUUGCUCCUAGGAAUACCACUUCCUUUCUGAUUAGGGCGAAGAAAAGUGGCGGGAUAGCACCGGUGGUUUCUCCAUUUCCAGUGACCCCGUCAGUUUUGCCGACCCCAAUCUUGUCCCCUUCCACUGAGGUUUUGGGGAACAUGGCCAAGGAAGAGUGGGGGGUGGAUGGUUAUGGCUCGAUGAAGGGGCUGAUCAGGCUGAGAUCUCUCGGGCAUGAAGAUGAGGAGGAGGAUGAGGGUGACUCGAGUGAGAGCGACGUUGAGGAGCAUGUUGAGGUGGAGAGGAGGUUGGAUCAAGAUUUGAGUAGGUUUGAGAUGAUCUAUGAUCCGAAUAGCGGCAAUGGUGGUGGGGUAGAGUAUCACAAUGUGUUGGAGAAUCGGGUUGAUGAUCAGGACACUCACAUUGCACAGCUUGAAGAAGAGAACUUGAAUCUCAAGGAGAGGCUGUUCUUGAUGGAGGGGGAGUUGGGAGAUCUGAGGAGGAGGUUGCUGAUGCUUGAAAGGCAAAGGGGGCGAGUGGAUGAGGAGGUUGUUGAGAAUGAGUCUGGAAAUGAGGGAGAGAGCAAUACACAUUCAACAGGGGAGAAUGAAGAACAAGAUAGGUGUGAGGUUGGGGAAGGCGUUGAAGGUCACGUUGGUGGUGUGAGGUUGGGGAAGGCGUUGAAGGUCACGUUGGUGGUGUGAGUUGAAGAUGACUGAUGAUGGUAAUGCUAAUGAUGCUAUUGUAGUAGAAGAUAAAGCUGGUGCUGAAGGUGAGACAGCAGAAAGUGUUGAUGAUCAGUCUUCUUCUAAACUUGUGGUUGAAGCAGAUAUUUGUAUGUUGGAGAAAAAAGGAGAAACUUGAUUGUAAGGAGAGAGAGAGAUGGUGGUUUGUUGGCAUGAAAGAAUGUAAUUAGGUUUUGCUUAGAGAGUUUUGAGUGUGUAAAGGUCUUCACGGGCUUGUGUUUAUAAUGAAAGUUUCCCAAAUAAUAAGUUAAGUCAAAUUAUUAACAGAGAACGCACAGCACAGCUGAGCUGAGCUCGAGAUUGCUCAUGGCGGCACUUUCAAGUUGAAGAGAUGACAGGAGAUGCACAAAAUUUCUCAAACGAUAAAAGAGUAGCACUUGUGAUUGUAACUACAUAUGUGUGUGCAAUCUGUACCCAAUUUCCAUUCUUUUUUUUUUUCUUUCAUUUUUUUCUUUUUAAGUCUAAUUUUGUUUGUGAUUAUAUUGGUACUAGUUGAUUUUGUCGAAGUUAAAGUACUAGCAUGUGAUUUUAGGUUAAAUACAUGUGAAUUUUGAAAGAAAAAUACUUAUGUGAUUUUUAUUUUAAUCAUUUAUUUUAUAGAAUUAUCAUGUUUCAAAUAAA